AUGGGCAUGAAAAACCCAGAAGCUGCUGAUAAAGAGUUUGGGGGAAUCACAGUAUUGUUAGGUGGUGAUUUCAGACAAAUUUUACCAGUAAUCCCUCAAGGCAAUAGACAGGAUACUGUAUCAGCAUCUAUUAAUCGGUCAUAUCUAUGGGAAAAACGUAAUGUGUAUGUCCUUAGCAAGAACAUGCGUCUAAACGCUGAGGAGAAAUUGUUUUCAAAGUGGAUUUUGGAAGUGGGAGAUGGAGCAGCCAAAAAAAUAACAACAUCUGAUUCCAAAAAUUCAGAUACAAAUGACAUAGAAGUGGCAAAAGAUCUACUAUUACCUUCAACCCAAAAUCCAGAAGAAGAGAUUUUCAAAACCACAUACACAAAUUUCAAUGCUUUUUUCAACAAUCACGAAUAUCUAAGAGGCAGAGCAAUUCUAACCCCAAGAAAUGAAACCGUUGAUGAGAUCAACGAAUUUAUUCUGUCAAAGCUAGAAGGCAACAUGAAAAAAUAUCUGAGCUCCGACAGCAUAGCAAGUGAGGAUACAAAUGUAGAAGAUAAGAACACAUUCUACACACCAGAGUAUCUAAAUAGUCUUAAAUGCUCAGGAUUACCUAAUCAUUGGCUGCAACUGAAGCUCAAUGCACCAAUUAUUCUGAUGCGGAAUAUUAACCAAAAAGAAGGCUUAUGCAAUGGAACAAGGUUGUUGAUAACACGGUUAGGGGAGAGAGUGAUAGAAGCAGAGAUACUCACAGGGACAAAUAUUGGGAAAAGAAUCCUUAUACCAAGGAUUGUCAUGACUACAGCCGACACCAAAUGUCCUUACAAAAUGAGAAGACGACAAUUCCCAGUCCGAGUUUGUUAUUGUAUGACAAUUAACAAGAGUCAGGGACAAAGCCUGGACAAAGUUGGUCUGUAUCUACCUAAACCAGUUUUUAGUCACGGACAAUUAUAUGUCGCUCUCUCAAGAGUUACAUCCAUGGAAGGACUCAAAAUCUACAAUGCAAAAAAAGAACAACCAGGAAGCAAAGGAAUCACAAACAUUGUUUACAAGGAGAUAUUCAAUAAUAUUCAUGCAUAA